AUGCGCCUCCACCUAUUCCUCCUGACCGUGGUCCUGUUGCUGUCACUGACGGACGUGGAGGGCUGGAGACGCCGCCGCCGCCGCAGGUGUCCCGUGGUGAACUGUAGCUGGAGCGGCUGGUCGCUAGGCACGUGUAGCGCCUCGUGCGGAGGGGGCACUGCUCCGUGUACCAGUGCUCCAUCUCACGGCACCAUAUCUGGCAGCUACUACUACGGUAACAGAGUGACGUUUGGCUGCCAUUCCGGCUACAGCCUGCGGGGCAGUUCCAGACGCACGUGCCAGGCUAACAGGGCCUGGAGCGGCACCCAGCCUAGAUGUACAAGAAAGCUCUGUCAGCGACUCUCAUCUCCAUCCCACGGACAAGUCACCGGUGGACACGCCUAUGGUGACGUCACGACCUUCACCUGUGACACUGGGUACGAGCUGCAAGGUGACGCCAGGCGGACCUGCCAGGCCAACCAGCAGUGGAGCGGGGCUCAGCCAACGUGCUCAAGAAUAAGAUGCCCCACCCUCAGUGCUCCAUCUCACGGCACCAUAUCUGGCAGCUACUACUACGGUAACAGAGUGACGUUUGGCUGCCAUUCCGGCUACAGCCUGCGGGGCAGUUCCAGACGCACGUGCCAGGCUAACAGGGCCUGGAGCGGCACCCAGCCUACAUGUACAAAGGUACAAUGUCCCACGUUGUCCGCACCGGCACACGGCUCCAGCACCGGCGCUACUUUCUUCGGAGACACUCUGAGCUUCGUGUGCGACACUGGGUACGAGCUGUACGGCAGCUCUGACAGCGUCACGUGUCAGGCCGACCAGACGUGGUCUGCAGCAGCGCCAUCUUGCACAAAAAUAGUCUGCCCUGAUCUCUCCCCGCCGCUGAACGGUCACGUUACGGGAGGUACCGAGUAUGGAGACACGGCCGUGAUGACGUGUGAUGAAGGGUUCAGUCUGGUUGGUGACGUCACACGCACCUGUCAGGACAACAAGCAGUGGUCGGGCACACAGCCGACAUGUCAGAGAAAAAGCUGUCCGCAGCUGUCAGCUCCGGAUAACGGCGGCGUGUCGGGAGGAGUCCUGUUCGCAGACACAGCAAACUUCACGUGUGACCCUGGGUACGAGCUGGUGGGGUCCGCCAGUCGGCUGUGCCAGGCUAACCAACAGUGGAGCGGGACACAACCGUCCUGUCAGACAUUCGCUGGGCUGUAA